CGUUCCCGUUGCUGACGUAGACACACGUUGACAGCUCGCCGCUGCCCUGUUUGCAUUUCUGCGGAGCCCGAGAGACUCGUUUCAAAUUCUAAAGAAAUUCCAGUAAUCGCAGAGCUCUGCUGGCGACUGGACGUUUGGAUCCGAGAAUUCGAGAACACUCUAACAGGAAAGGAAGGCUGUCUGAGGCGUGGGUAAGGCAAAGUGAGAGUGAGAGCGAGCGGAAAUCGAAAGUGAUGACGGGGACCAUCGGCGAUCUUGUCCACACCGGUUGGAUGUCCUCGGUGGAGAGCCUCUAUGUCACCCUGCUGGUUCCGUGUCUGCUCAUCCCGGUGAUCCUCUAUUUGUGCGAGCACCGCUACGAUGACAUUCUGGGGGUCUCACCGCCGGGACCCUGGGGUCUGCCCUGGCUGGGCUACCUGCCCUUCCUGGACGCCCGGGCUCCGCACAAGUCCCUCCAGGCGCUGGCCAAGCGGUAUGGCGGCAUCUUCGAGCUGAAGAUGGGCAGGGUGCGGACAGUGGUCCUGUCGGAUGCCGCUUUGGUGCGGGACUUCUUUCGCCGCGAGGUGAUGACCGGCCGGGCUCCACUGUACCUCACCCACGGCAUAAUGGGUGGAUAUGGAAUCAUCUGCGCCCAGGGUGACAUCUGGCGGCAUGCCCGGCGUGAGACAAGCGAAUGGCUCAAGGCUCUGGGCAUGACCCGUCGUCCGGGAAGGCUUCGUGCCCGGCUGGAGGAGCGCAUCGGGCGGGGCGUCGACGAGUGCGUCCGGCUUUACGAGGCGGAGGCGGAGAAGAGUUGUGGGUCGGAACUGAACCCGCAACCCGCCCUGCACCACACGCUUGGCAACAUAAUCAACGACCUGGUAUUCGGAGUCACCUACAAGCAGGACGAUCCCGACUGGCUGUAUCUGCAGCGGCUGCAGGAGGAGGGCGUCAAGCUGAUUGGCGUCUCGGGGGUGGUCAACUUCCUGCCCUGGCUGCGUCAUCUGCCUUCCAACGAGCGCAACAUCCGCUUCCUGCUGGAGGGCAAGGCCAAGACGCACGCCAUCUACGACCGCAUAGUGGACGCUUGUGCCCAGCGGCUGAACGAGAAGCAGAAGAUGUUCAGGGAGCGCCAAGAGCUGAGGCGACAGGAGAAGCUGCUGGAGGAACAGCGUAGCCAGCCGGCAGAUGAGCAGGAGUCUGGACAGGAAAGUAGGCCGGAGGACAACGAGGAGGACACCGAUGUGGAUUUGAGCGAUGAGGACGAGAUCGACGAGGAUGAGUACGAGCCGGAGUGCAUCCUGGAGCACUUCCUCAUCCACCGAGAUCGGGAGUCGCAGCUCUACUGCGACGACCAACUGCGCCACCUGCUCGCCGACCUCUUCGGUGCCGGCGUGGACACCUCGUUGGCCACCCUGCGCUGGUUCCUGCUCUACCUGGCCCGCGAGCAGCGCUGCCAGCGUCGCUUGCACGAGCUCCUCCUACCGCUGGGCCCGACACCCACCCUGGAGGAGCUGGAGCCACUGACCUACCUGAGGGCCUGCAUCUCCGAGACGCUGCGCAUCCGCAGCGUGGUGCCACUGGGCAUUCCGCACGGGAGCAAGCAGAACUUCACCAUGGGCGACUAUCACAUCAAGCGCGGCUCGAUGAUUGUUUCCCUGCAGUGGGCCAUCCACAUGGACCCGGAGGCCUUCCCGGAACCGGAGGAGUUUCGCCCGGAACGCUUCCUGACCCCCGACGGAGCUUACUCGGCGCCCCCGCAGUUCAUCCCCUUCUCGGCGGGCAACCGGAUGUGUCCCGGCGACGAGAUGGCCCGAAUGAUGCUCACCCUCUUUGCGGGACGCAUCUUAAGGCGCUUCCACCUGGAGCUGCCACCGGGCUGCGAGGUGGACAUGGAGGGCGAGAGCGGCAUCACCCUGACCCCCCCUCCACACAAGCUGCUGUUCACAAAGUUGCCGUUGGUGGAGUUGCGCGAGGAGCGGAACGGUGUCCAAGGACUAGGUUUGACAUCCUAAUAACAUUACUUUUUUUAUCCCAAUUUUUUUUGUAUUUUAUUAACGAUUAUAUGAUAACCUUUUGUGAAUGGGGGCCUAUUUAAUGCCUUUCUUUGAAUGGGAAAUGCUUUUCUUUGGGAGAUCCGAAUUGAGGAGCAAACAAUUUUGAACUUUCCAAAGCUUUGACUUGGCAUUUUUCGGAAUAAAUCAAUUAUCCUAACCUUAUUUAUAUGCUGUCAUAUAUGGCACUAAAAUGUAUGUACAUUUUUAAUAUAAUAAAUAAUCUAAUAAAUUGUAAAGGGGUGCUUUUACUAAGAGGCCAAAGUUAAGCUUAAACAUCGACCCCAGUCUUUUCUAAUAAUUGAAAUCAUUUCUGCAAAAAGGCAUUAUUUGUGGACACUUAAUUGCUAAUGCCAAUUAAAAAGUCGAAUGCCCUGUUUAUCGUUCUUAUAAAUUGCUUGAAAUACACACCAAGAAUCUUUUAGGUAAAAUUUACGGAUAUAGUUGAAUGGUCCCAAAGCAUUGAAUUGUCAAUAUGACCAACGAUAAGUUACUCUCGCAACAACAAAAUACACUCAACUUACCAUUUUAUAGUAGUUUUACUUUUUAAUAGUAACCAAAGCAACAAUAAAAUACACGUCA